AUAAGGCAAUGCGCUCCUUCGCCAUUCUCUCUGUCGUCCUCGGCGCCUCCGCCGCCCUCGCCACCCCAUUCGUCUCUCGCCAGGACGCCAACACCAGCGACGUCUUCCGCUUCCUCGGAGGCGUCUACUGUCUGCUCACCGCCGAACAGGCGGCCGUCCAGCCUAACGGACCUUGCGAUCCCGCCAUACAAGUCCCGCUCCCGCUGGAUGCGAACGGCAGCAACUUCACCGAGGUCGAGGGCCACGCCGUGAACGUCACCCUGCGUGACGACGUUUUCGGGCCGUUCGUUGGCUAUGAUGUGUCCAUCGACGACGUGCUCCGCGGCGAUCGUCUUCUGUUCGGAGCGGGGAUCACUCGCUCCUACGACAUUCCCCUCGAGAAGUAGUGGGUAGGAUCAGAUCGUCUGGGCUGUUCAUGGACUACUUCGGGUGUUCUACUCAACGUGUACUUGAAUCAUGACUAGAAUAUGCAUACAGUAUUCGAUUGUUGCAAUGGUCUUUUGAACGC